AUGGCCUCGCUGUUUUCUGGCCGCGUUCUGAUCCGCAAUAACAGCGACCAGGAUGAGCUGGACACGGAGGCCGAGCUCAGCCGCAGGCUGGAGAACCGCCUGGUGCUGCUGUUCUUUGGCGCCACGGCUUGUCCGAAGUGCCAGGCCUUCGCGCCCAUCCUCAAGGACUUCUUUGUGAGGCUCACAGACGAGUUCUAUGUGCUGCGGGCGGCCCAGCUGGCCCUGGUGUAUGUGUCCCAGGAUCCCACGGAGGAGCAGCAGGAUCUGUUCCUCAGGGACAUGCCUGAGAAGUGGCUCUUCCUGCCCUUCGAGGAUGAUCUGAGGAGGGACCUCGGGCGCCAGUUCUCGGUGGAGCACCUGCCCACGGUCGUGGUGCUCAAGCCGAGCGGGGACGUGCUCACUCGCGACGCGACGGACGAGAUCCAGCGCCUGGGACCAGCCUGCUUCGCCAACUGGCAAGAGGCAGCCGAAGUGCUGGACCGCAACUUCCUGCAACCCGAGGACCUGGAGGACCCGGUGCCGCGGAGCCUCACCGAGCCGCUGCGCCGCCGCAAGUACCGCGUGGACUCGGCGACGCGGGGCGGGCGCGGCCCGGAGGGCGGGGCGGAGGGCGGGGCCGGGGGGCUGCUCUGA